AUGGUCCAUCCUGAGCCCGAUCUAGAUCAUCCCGUCUCUUCCGCCCUUUCGGCGUCUUCUCCGCCCUUCCACUCGACAGACCACAACGACGACGACGGCAAGCCGCGCCAGGCCCCGGCUCUGAUCCUAUCGUCUCCGCCGUCAGGAGAUUCGAGCUCGUCCGCCGCGGGUUCGCAUUCACCCCCAAAUUCUCCGCGGAGCAUUGCCCUCGAGCCGCCACAGCUCCCCGUCUUCUCGGCACUUGGUCGAACUGAGGAGUCGCAGACGUUGUUGCCAGACCACCGCAGGAAAGACAGUGGUCUCUAUUAUACAACAACCUGGGGCUCCCCGUAUGCGGCACCCAGUUCGCGCAGACUCUCGUUGACCCUCAGUCAAUACGCCGGUGUCGAUCACGGUUCAGGAGCCAGCUCGCCGGCCCCGGAGUCUCGGAGAUCGAGUAACGCCCCGGAAGGAGAUCCAGCCGCGCAGAACGAAGACAAAUCGAUUCGGGAUUUCACUCAGGAUUGGAUCAACCAGUAUCUCUCGGGUCAGCCGCGGAGCGAGCGCACCAACUGGUUGAGCGACGACUCUGGGAGCGAGGCCCCGUCACUUCUCGCAGCGCAGCAGCAGCAACAGCUCGCAGACGACGGUUCGGACGAUUGGCUCGGUCUAGAGGGAGAUAUUCGGGACGACGACCUCCUCAAAACACCCACUCUCUCGGACUUUGUGGGUCGCAGCGCUGCUAGACUAAAAAAGAAGCUGCACAAGCGUGCGGAAACCCUGCGUCAAGAGGACUUUUGGGGAUUCGCUUACGACCAAGAUUCCCCGCAGAACAGUAUGUCGGAUAUCAAGGAGAUGGAGCCUUCCGUCGAAGCGGAGGUGAUCAGCCCAACCUCGCCUGUGGAAAAGCCAUUGCCUCCUGCGCCGGCUGAGGGGGAUAUGGAAAUACCACAAGAACAGCCAGAGGAAGAAUCUAAGCCGGCGCUGCCAAGACGGCACAAGUCCCAGGCCUCUGUCCACACUCCAAGACGGCGAAAGAAGUUGGCUUGGCGCGGCAAGGCCUGCAUUGUGGACCUGCCAGUGGAUGAUAAAAGAGGGUCGGAGCAGCAUGGAGAUCGUCUCUUGACACCCGCAGAUGUUCAGGAGCGGUUGAAACAAUGGGAGGAUGACGGAUGGGAUGUCCGUGGAUUCAGCAUCGGCUCGUCCGAAGAUCCAACUGAGACGACAGACCUGGGCGGUUUCAGUCGACCACUAUAUCCCGAUCCAGCUGAGAUGCAAGCAGACCCAAAGAGCAAGGAGCCGGUCAUUAACUUCCCCAACAAGGCCGUGUGGGAUUCCUAUGUAGCUGACUUGCAAGAGGAGAAGCUGCGGGCUCUGGGAGUAUCCUUCGCCGAACCGGAGCCGGAACCCUCCAUGUCUCCCGCCGAGGCUGCAAUGAGCCAAACGCACACACCAUUCCAAGGUCUUAUCGGAUCGCCGCCGCUGCCGACGCAGUCGGCAGGGAGCAAUCCGCUAGCGCACCCUCAUCCUUUCUCGCCACACUUUGGUCAGUCGACAACCACGACGAGUGGUGGUAUGGGGUCAUUGGCGUCUCCUGCAUCACAAUUUAGCGUUCAGACACCGUUUAUGGGCGUCGAGCAGAACUAUAUGCCUGGAUAUCCAUUCCAAUUCCAGCCCACGCCGCCUGCUCAAUCCAUCACGCCCCAGAGCCUCCUCAAUGCUCGUCAAGCCAGCUCGUCCACUGGACCCGGAGGUAUGCACAACUUCUCGUCCAUGUUGUCGCCAGUUUCCCCUCUGCAUGAUCAAAGCCCCUUCCACCCAGGGUUCGACGGUGCGGCUCCCUCCAAGGAUGUUUUCAGCGAUCAAUUCGGUCAAGCCCGUGGCGAUGGCCUGCCAUUUCCUAUGCCUCAGACCCCCAUCAAUGCGCCGCCGGAUCAAUUCCACGCUUCCAAUGUUGAACUUGCUCAGCCGACCCCUCGCGGCCACGGUCACAAUCUCAGCGAGACCCUGCAGCGCGGCUUGGACCAGAUGGGACAUCCCAACUAUCACCUGGAGGAGUCGAUUGAACGGCAGUUGGACGAAGACGAUCAUAAUACUCAGCCUCUCAAAGCUGCUGAAUUUCUCAACUCCCGCUGGGCGCUGCCGGAGAACGAUGAAAGCACCUCUGGCCAGCCGCCUCACUCAUUCGCCCAGCAAGCACACCAGUUCUUCGGGGACCAUUAUUUGCAGGACAAUGGACACGAGGGAUCUGAUUUCGACACAAACCCCAGCCUCAGUGGAACGCCACAGGUUCGUGGAGCGCCAUGGCACCCUGGUCACCAUUCGAAACUGUCGACUUCGUCUCUGAACGUUGAAGCGAAGGAGUUCAAUCCAACCGCCUCAUUUGGAUCCCAGGCUUCGCCAUUCUCCAACAGCGCCUUCCAAUUCGGUGGAAUUGGUGAGCAGCACGGCUUUGGUGGUUUUGCGGCGGCUCCGGCGUUCGCUCCUGCUGGGCUUACCAAUGGCUCGAUGGACAGCACCACGCGCUCCGACGCCAACCGCAACUCGAAUUUCAAGUUCUCUGCUGCCUCUUUCAAUGUCGAGGCUCCAGAAUUCAACCCGUCGGCCAGCCUCAACUCCACUGCCAGCACAGAUAUGCCUUCGGCCAACCGGACAAAGAUCUUUGGUGACAUCAAUCUCGCGGAGAUCUCUAAGCCGCCCAAGAAAUCCAAGGCUAUCCCGAUUGUGCGACCCGAUGAGGUUGAGAAGGAGAAAGAGGAUGAUGAAAACGUCGAGACCGAGGACAUCAAUGGCCGACCAGUUCCUACGGAUCGUCAUAAGCGUGCCCGUCGUGGCAUUGGUCAUGCCCAAGGCGAAGCUCGGUAUAGCAUCUCAACCCAUCCUCUAGGCGAGACAGGCAACGUGCAGACCUCGAGCACGCUCCCUACCUUGGCUGAGGGCAAGGAGAACGCAUUGCCGGAGGACCGGUCCAUCGAACGCAAAGGAACGCCUGCCAGCGAGGCUACCACUUGGACUCUGUUUGAUGCGAAAAACGAGGCUGAGGCUGCCAGAUCCAAUACAGCAUCCCCGGCUCAGCUUGACCAAAUCCAAGAACCGAAGCUGCCAGAAGAUACCGUUGCCGAUCAGGCUGAGUCUGAGCCGGCUGUCAAGCAGGUAAAUGGGCCUCCCACUGACUCCAAUGCUGUGGAUCAUGCCGCGAAGGAAUCUAUGGAUUCUUCCAAGAAUAUGCUGUCGGCCACAGCCCCGCCUUUCGAGUUCAAACCUGCCGUUUCUGAAUUUGUGCCGGUGACUGUUCAGCCAUCCAGCUUUGCUGAGAAGGCGAUCGAUGAGCAAAUGCCUCUGAUUGAUCAAAAACCGGUUGAAAAGAAGAAGCAGGGUGGUCUCAUGGCCUCCCGCUUCGCUGCCGACACACCCCCGCCACAGCCCAAGGAGGACGAGCCUUCUCCAUCUGCACAACAAUUGAAGCGUGAGAUUGGCUCACACUACCCUACGCGCACUCCUGAGCCCGCUUCUCGACAGGUCAAGAACCUGGACCAAGACUCCGGCUUGGAAUCACCUGAUGAUGAGGAGUUGAACGCCAUUAUGGAGCAAUUGAACGGUGACGAUUCAGAUGUCGGCAUUGUACGCCAGACCACUCCCCUCCCACCACAGCAGGUCACCGACUCCGUGGGUGGUCCCACCAAGGAACAGCGAUUCGGUUCUGCGGACGCCAGAGGCGAUGCUCCCAGCCCGAGCCCUGGCGGUGGCCAGAGAACCUACAAGCUGGAUAUCCCCAAGCUUGGCUCGGACGUCGAUGCGCAGAGCGUCGCUACCUUCUCACCCCAAAAGAGCCUCGUCUCUCGUCUUCAAUCACCUGUCCGUCAACUUAUCACGGAGAAUGACCAUGUUAGCGACUGGGAUGACAUGAUCUCCUCGGGCGAAGACGAGAAGUUCAUGAAUCGCAACCGAUUUUUCGACCGCCGCAUCAACGACCUCGUUGGCUCCGCCAUUGAUGACCGGCUGGGACCCAUGGAGCGUGCGCUGGGUGUCAUCCAGCAGUCUGUUGCUUCUAUCGCUGCCGGCUCCGCCAGUCGCCGGGUGUUCCGCAGUACUUCGGCUGAGUUUGAGGACAGCGAUGCUGACGACGAAGACGAUGAAGGGGGUCACGAGCAGUCCUCUGUCAGAGCCCGCUCUCCUCACUACAUGCGGGACCGCAAGCUGGAUAUGCUGAAGAAUGUUGUCAUGGAGGCAUUGGCCACCCAUGACCUGCCCACUCGCGCACCACAGCACUCCAGCCAUAGCGAAAUCGCGCUGCUCAAGGAAAGCAUUGCCGAAUUGCAGGCCUUGACUAUCAAGAAGCUCGCUCAGGAUCCUGUCGGCGACAUGCGCGAGAUCCUCGAAGAAACGCUCGCGAAACAGCUGGCCGCGAAUACUCCGCGUAUGACUGACGCCGAGGAAAUCGGUGCCGACAGCCUCAUGCUCCAGAUUGAGAGCCUCAAGACCAUGCUGAGAAUGGCUGAUGAGCGUGCGGAAGCGGAGUAUACGCAGCGCCGGGAGGCGCAAGAAAAGGUAGUCGAGUUUGAACGGCGCUUGAAGGUCGCUGAAGAAGAUGCAGCUCGCCACAGCGCUGCCGCGGAAGAUGCAGAGACCCGUUUCCUUCAAUUCAAGGAAGAGAAGAUUCCCUACUUUGAGAAGAUGCAGUUCCGCUCGGACACCCUUGCCGAGGAGACUGAGACUCUGAAAGUCACCAUCGCCGAGCUGUCCUCGAAGAAUAUUGCUCUUCAAGGUGACCUGGACGAAUACCGUGUCUCCAGCGACAGUUACCGCAAGCAACUGAGCACCACCUCGGAUGAGAACAAGACUCUCCACGAAACGAUUGAUCAUCUCAGGGUUCGCAUCGAAGACAAUAUGGCUGUCCGGCAGAACCUCACUGAGAAGUUCGACCGCCUCCAACAAGACAUGGUCAACGCUACUCACGACAUCGGCCGUGAGCAAGCUACAUCGCGCCGAAAAGAAGAAGAGCAGACCGCCAGAUACAAUGAGCUGUACGCCUCGUAUACUCGCGAAGUCAAACUGCGUGAAAAGCUGGAGCAAGAUGUUAAUGACCUCGAGCUCCAGGAGCGGGAAUCCACCAAGGUCAAGUUCAUGCUCGAGCAGUCACAUGUGGAGAAUGAAAAGCUGAACGAGCUGGUCACCAAUCUGCGAAACGAGAACCAUGAGAUUCAUCUCAAAGCUGCUCGCUUGGAGCGUGAGCUUAACGACUCUCAGGAGACCCACCGUUUGGAUAUCCAGCGCACCAAGUCCCAGAUGGAGGCCGACGCGGACGCUUCCAACGGCCAGUCCGAGCUCGUUCGGGCCGAGCUGGAGGCACAAAUCCUCCGUCUCCAGAGCCAGCUUGAGACCGCCACCGAAUCCAAGGAUACUGCUCUUGAUGCUCAGAGCAAGAUGCACGAGCGAGUCCUCAAUGAUCUCCGAGAACGCCAUGGUCGUGCCCUGCACAACGGCUCCGAAGACCGCCAGCGGGGUGAGAGCCAUUUGAUGGACCGUCUUGCCCUGUCCGAUGACAAGGUCAAGCACUUACAGGAGCGGGUGCAGCACCUUGAAGAGAAGCUCGAGAUCGCUCAGUCUGCUGCCCGUGCCGCCGCCGAGGCUGCUCGUAGCGGCAAGGCUCCUAGCACUGAGGCUAUCGCGGCGCCGGCGCCUGCCCAUGCGCCCUCGCCGUCGAUGUCCUUCAGCAAGGGCUCCAAGGAGCCUGAGAAGAUUUCUCCCCAGGCUCUCCGUGAGUCGAUCAUGGUGCUUCAAGACCAGCUCCAGCAGCGUGAGACACGCAUUGAGGAGCUCGAGCAGGAAGCUUCGACUGUUGAUAAGGAUGCGCCCAACAAGAUCAAAGAACGCGACACCGAAAUUACGUGGUUGCGCGAGGUUCUCGGUGUCCGCAUCGAUGACCUGCAGGACAUCAUCCGGACCCUCUCUCAGCCCAACUUCAACAAACAUGCCGUCCGCGACGCCGCUAUUCGUCUCAAGGCCAACCUGCAGAUGCAGCAGCAGGAGAGAGAGCGAGCAAUGUCAGGCAACAGCCUUUCGCUCCCUUCCCUCUCUGAUCUCGCCGCCUCACCCCGUUCGCUCCCUCUCGCCGCGGCCGCAGCAUGGGGCAACUGGCGCAAAGGCCGGGAUAAUUCCAAUUCCAGCCUGAACCCCUCAGACCAAACCCCAUCCAAGUCCAGCAACGCUGCCGGUGGCUUCUUGUCCGGCCUGCUCACACCACCUGGAUCGCACGUCCGCCCAAACGCUCCUCCGCACACAGCUGCGCCGGCACGCAGCUCCUCCUACACGGAGACCCGGCCGUUGAGGGGAUUCAACUCCACGCCUCGCCGUGGCUCCGUCCUGACUGAAACCGCCCUGGCCGACCCGCCCCAGACGCCUCCGCUCCUCCGCCGCUCGAGCUACGAUCACGAUGCCGAGCCGGGAAACUACGAGGAAGACAACUUCAUGCCCGAUGAUAUCGAGAGCACCGUCGGCGGCUUGGUCUCGGCGACAAGUCCCAGCCAGAACGAGCAUGACGGUCCGUUUGGGCCGAGGAUAUCUGCUGAACCUGCUCCUGAGAGCCCUGUGGAAAGUCCUGUUGAGAGCCCUGUUGAGAGCCCUGUUGAAGAAGACGCUGCUGAAAACUCCGAAGACGAAUGA